AUGCAAAGACCCCUCCAAAACGAUUUCGGCGUGGGCGACAAGGAGAUCUCCAGGGAAGGUUCGGGAGCUCCCUCAACGCCACAGGAGCGAACUCCAAGGAGUCCGUUCAGAGCACCACGGAGUUUGCGGGUGCCGCGGAGCCGGAGCCCUCGGCCAGCAAGGUGGAGAUCCAAGGAAGUCGAAAGCUCGGAAGCCAAGGUGUUCCACCGACUCUAUCGCGAUGCAUCCGCCAAGCAGGAGGCCUUGGCGCGGAGGAUUCAAGAGCAAGAAAACGAGAAGCAUGAGACCCCUGCUCGGGAGGCGUCAGCGCAAAGAAUACGUGAGAUCAGUGAGCGCAUGCACGCAGAGCUCAGGAAGCAGCCGUGCAAGCCGGCUUCGGAAGCGCCCAAGUCGCCAAGGUGCAUACCAUCUGAAAUGAGCGAAGAACAAAGACACUUCAUCCAGAAGCAGCACAAAUGGAAAGAGCAGCGUGAGCGGCGCAUGGAGGCCGUGCGCCGAGAGCGCACGGAGGCCGAGCGAAAGUAUCUGGAGGACCACAGCAUCCAUGUCAGAAGCCGAAGCACCGCCCCCAAUCCUCUGGCUUGCUGCGAUCGGCUUUACAAGGACAGCUCCCAGCGUGCAAGACGCUUGCAACGAUCACAGCUGGCCGCUCAGGAGGAGCUCCGUCAGGCCAUCGAGGCCAAGUUCGUUCACAGGGCUGUCUCCGCAGAUGCCACUUCGAACCCUCGAGGACAGGAGGUGGCCAUGCGUCUUCACAAAGAUUUUGAGGACAGACGUCAGCGAGUUGAGCAGAAGAGGCAGGAGCAGGAGGAGUCUUUCCGACAGCGAGCUCAGCGAGCAAGCUCCAAGAAGGGCUCGACACCCCGCACACCGACGGUGAGUCCGUGGGCAAAAGAGACCAAGAAGGCGAACUCCAAGGCUGCUCAAGGAGUUGCAGAAACGCGGAAGAGUUCGAGUUCCCGAAGCCCGGCCUCCACCACGGCUUCGGAGUGGUCGCCCAAGUCACCCAAGUCGCCCAGCAACUCCAUGAAGUCGACCUCGACCUCCUCCAGGGUUCCAAACCGAGAAGGCUCGCCCGGAUGUCCUCGUAGUGUUUCUUUGCGCGGAGCAAUGCCGCCGGAGAAAUUAAACACGUCGGACCUCCUGGACGUUGAAGUGGGCGUCGUCGCUGCUGUCGGAGUUCUGGAGGUUCCAGGGACGACCUGGUACUGCGUUGUGCAAGUAGCUGGAGGGCAUGAUCUGAUACUGUGCACUCGGAGUGUGGAGAAGACCACCGAUGUCGUGUGGAACGAGUCGGUCCUUACAUCGAUUCAUCCCACGGAUACGCUAUUGUUCAAGGUCUUCGCAGAGAAAGAGUGCCAAGCGGAAGCUUCUCUACAAGUCGCAUCGGUCUUGAAGAUUUGCUCUUCCGGUUUCGAGGGCAAGCUGCGCAUGUGGGAGAGAAGUCCGGGAGCCGGCACAACCCCGCACCUCCAAGUGACCCUCCGGCGCCUGGAAAAGCUUGAAGUUGCAGAGGGAGAGGCCGUGGAGGCGAAGAAGCCGUCGCCUUCAGGAUACACUGGCAAAGCCUGGAGGAAGGAUAGCCGAGACCUCUUGGGCGCAACCCAGCGAGUGCGAAGGAUGCAAAGUGAGCCUUCGCUUCCCUCGCCUGUAACGCCGCAUUCUUCGGCUGAAGGGGGCUUAUUGGCUUCAACAUCCACAUUCCUACCAGUGAGCACGAAGGCGUCGACGUCCAGAACUGCACGGCAAAGUGAGAGGAAACCGAGAGCGGGCUACGAGUUUGAAGUGUAUAUGACGCUUCCAUCGGACCUGACAAAGUACACAGUGCAGAUUCCGGGAACAUGGCUACCAGACCACUUGCAAGGGGAAGCACGCGCUGUGGAGGAGCUGCUCCUCUCGUUGACGGCGCGGGGCGUGGAAGAGGCGAGGCCGACGGAGGUGCACGUUGGCACGGACAAGGCUGGGAUCCCAGAUCAGGGCUCCAAUUCGCAGACCAGCUACCCAGUCUGCCCAGUUGAGUGGGUCAUGCCACAGGCGCAGUGCAGCAAAGCAUGCGACAUGGAGGAUGACGAGCUGGCGUUUUCUGUCAGUGAAGCUCCUGAAGGGCGACCAUUCGGACCCGUGGCCAACAGUCUGAGUGAUGACGAGCUCCUGAGCCCGGACACUCGCAGCGAAUGGCCGGCGCUGGCCAGACAUGAAGAUGAUGAUAUGGCUGAUAUGGAUGAGUUGAUGGCGGUUGUGGGGGUCGAUGAGGCACCUUUCGAGCCGGGGGAGCCCAGAGCGAGGUCAGACGGUGAAGCAGCGCAGUCACCCUUCUAUGAGCCUCAUCAAUGGCACCCUGACCAGGCCUCCGCCGCUCGCGGCAGCUCCAGCAGCUCCGGGGGCUCUGAGCAAGAAAGCAGACAAAGCCGAAGUUCUUCAGUUCACAGUCUGAGCUCAGAAAUCAGCAAGAACGAGAUUCAGAGGGAGAUCCUUGCCACAUUCAACGGCACGGUGGACACGGCAGGGCUGGGGAGUCCAGAGCGAGAUGGUCCUGUCCACGCCGCCUUUGGCGGAGCUGGCGGAGCUGGCGGAGCCGAAGCCAGCCUCUUUUCCUCGGAGCAAAAGGUUUUCAACACUUCUCUUAUAACAGUCUAA